AUGACUUCGUAUCUGAUUAUACUCUGCUGCAUCGAGGUGGCUGCUCAGAGCCAUUUCGAGGCGCAUCCUGCGCUCAAACUCACCAUCGUCUUUUUCACUCUCAUAAAAGUUCUUCACUUUGUUAGUAUUUUUGGGAUCGUUCGCGUGGACAUUGAUGAUGUAAAGAACCCAGCAUCCAAACUUUCGCCAUCCGAUACCUACCACUGCACCUGCACCGCACUCAGACUCGUCACCAGUACCCGGUGUAUUCGAACGCGGUGGCAAAUCAAAGGGCUCCACCCAUCGUCAAACGACUUCAUCUCCAAUGGCACUAAUCAGCGUGUCCGGUUCCUAGUUCGUCAGGUAUCUAUCAUUGCGUGGCAGUAUCUGGGGAUUGACUUUCUGUACUUUGGCCUGCUGCUUGAUAUGCAAAACAACAAGUUACAUCUGUACCGCCCUGGUGCUGAUUUCCUUGGCCCAAGGACGACCUCAGAACAACUGAUGGCACGAGCAGUGCUGUUGUGCAUUUUCCUCCCACUCUGCCAAAUCCUAUUAGAUGCCCUUUACAGAGCCGUUUCGGUUGUUGCAGUGGCUACCUAUUUGACACGGUGGGAGGACUGGCCUCCGAUUUUUGGCAGUGUACAGAGCGCAUAUACUGUCCGGAACUUCUGGAGGCAAGUUAUCCUUAAAUUUUGGCAUCAAUUGAUUCGAUGGCCUCUUGUUACAAUCUCAAAAGAGCUGCGACGAAAGGUUCCAAAGCUGCCUUUUCUUGAUGGUUACGUCGAUAUGAUCAUUGUUUUUGCGCUUUCGGGGAUUUUGCACUCCAUCGGCGUAGCAUACAGCGGUACCACGGAAAACCUUUCUGGGAUAGCCCUCUAUUUUACGUCUUCGACUGUCGCCAUCAUAAUGGAAGAUCACGCCCCAGCCCUAAAUGUUUCGCAGCAGUGGAAAAUUACCUUAGGGUUCAUUUGGGUCCUGGCAUGGCUCUGUGUGGAACAUUUCGGAAAGUCACACACCGCACUCGUUCUGGGAGUUGGUGGCCUAGUGUUGCAUAAGUACAUGGGUGCAAGCAUCUGA